AGUCUGUGGCUGCACGCAACCAGUUAAUGAAUCUUUCUCGAAUCACGAUCCGUCCCAAGAGCGUAAGCAAGACCGCUACGCUUCGUCGCUUCUAUACAACUUCACCGAGUAUGAUCAGUGGCGAUCUAAACAAUACAGCGGCAGAACGCACCAGGAGAGAGCUCGGAGUAGAUCCAGCUUAUCGCAACCGGUCCUUCGUAAUACCUCAGUCUCAAGAUGACGCCGAAAUUCGGAAGAAGUACAGACCAUUUCUCCUCGAUGAAGAGAUCUCGAAGAGCGACUGGGUUUCUCAGCUGGAGCUGAGCACAGUAUUGAAGAUGGUUGAGAACCAGAUCCUCGACAAGGGCCAAGAGAGACUCAGAGUUCUUGUUCUGCAUGGCAGCAUGCGUGAUCGGUAAGAGUUCACCCAAAUCAAAGUCGAGCAGAGGCUUUGGCUGACAAUGAACAGAUCAUACUCGCGCCUCUUGUCGUAUGAAGCCAGUAGGAUACUGUUCCGCCUCGGUUGCGACGUCCGCAUGUACGAUCCAAAAGGACUUCCGGUAAAGGAUGACGAACAACACUUGCAUCCAAAGGUACAAGAGCUGCGCGAGCUCAGUAAGUGGAGUGAUGGCCACAUCUGGAUCAGUCCCGAACAGCAUGGGAACGUUACUGCUGUCUUCAAGAACCAAAUUGACUGGAUACCGUUGUCAACAGGCUCUGUCCGGCCUACACAAGGACGAACAUUGGCGAUUGCGCAGGUGUCCGGAGGCUCCCAAUCAUUCAACACUGUAAACACCCUGCGAAUCCUCGGACGAUGGAUGCGCAUGUUCGCGAUACCGAACCAAAGCUCCAUCCCAAUAGCGUACAAGCAAUUCACCGAACCAGAAGAUGCCGAGGGAGGAAGCCGACUGAUGCCGAGUGGUAACAGGGAUCGACUCGUGGACUGUAUGGAAGAGUUCGUCAAGUACACGCUGGUUAUGCGACCGCAUUUUGACCUGUUCGGCGAUCGGUAUAGUGAAAGAGAUGAGAAGCGGAGCAAAGCAGAAAAAGAGAGACUGGCAAAGGCGAAGGAAGCUGAAGCACUGCCAGACCUCAAGAAGAUGUAAUCUAUUUGAAAAGCUGGAUGCACCAGACUUUAUUUUGUUUUUGGUGGUAUAGAAAGCGAUGCAUUAGACCUGGCGCUCGGGGCUGAUUACUGGAUAAACAAGCUUACAAGAAGGUCUGAACAAACAAGUUUACAAGAAGGUCGAGAACGAUGGAGGAGGAAGCACUUGAAGAUGGCUCUUGCCACAAUCUUUAGCGUGAAUGCACGGACGCCGAACUGGUAUGAGCGAUCCGCGUCUUCAAGGGUUGCAUUCUGCAAAGUACCAUCCUAUGCCAAAGCUUGACUACUUGCAAAAUACUCACUCAAGA